GCUGAUCUCCCGGACACUGCUGAGACCCCCAGGAUCCUGCUGACCCCUCGGAGUGAGGGGGCUGAGCACCCCCGGACACUACUGAGCCCCCCAGGAUCCUGCUGACCCCCCGGACUGACGGGGCUGAGCACUCCCGGCCACUGCUGAGACCCCCACGGACGCUGCUGAACCCCGAGACUGGAGGUGCCGGAUCCCUCAGGACAGUGCUGAGACCUCCCCGGACUGACGGGGCUGAGCCCCUCGGACACUGCCGAGACCCCUCAGGAUCCUGCUGACCCCUCGGAGUGAGGGGGCCGAGACCCCCAGGAUCCUGCUGACCCCUCGGAGUGAGGGGGCCGAGACCCCUCAGGAUCCUGCUGACCCCACGGACUGACGGGGCUGAGCCCCUCGGACACUGCCGAGACCCCUCAGGAUCCUGCUGACCCCUCGGAGUGAGGAGGCCGAGACCCCUCAGGAUCCUGCUGACCCCUCGGAGUGAGGGGGCCGAGACCCCUCAGGAUCCUGCUGACCCCUCGGAGUGAGGGGGCCGAGACCCCUCAGGAUCCUGCUGACCCCUCGGAGUGAGGAGGCCGAGACCCCUCAGGAUCCUGCUGACCCCUCGGAGUGAGGGGGCCGAGACCCCCAGGAUCCUGCUGACCCCACGGACUGACGGGGCUGAGCCCCUCGGACACUGCUGAGCCCCCCGGACGCUGCUGAGCCCUUCAGGAUCCUGCUGACCCCUCGGACUCUCCGGGCUGAGCCCACCCCGGACACUGCCGCAGGCACUUGGAGAAUUGUGCAGUGGUUCAGUGCUGAGGGAAUUCUGUGGGAGCAUGGCUGGAGCAGGACACGGAGUGUGGGCACGGAAUGCAGGCAGUGAUGUGGGCUGCUGCUCCCUGCCUGCCUGGCAGCUCCGUGCCGCGGCGCUGUGACCCCGCUGCGCUCCCGCAGGCUGCCAGCAGCCAUGAGGAGGUUUGGCUACUGCCGGGUGGUGCUGGCCACCUCGCUGCUCUGGGUGCUGCUGGACGUGUUCCUGCUGCUCUACUUCAGCGAGUGCAACAAGUGUGAGGACAGCAAGGAGCGCUCCCUGCUGCCCGCCCUGCGCGCCGUUAUUUCCCGGAACCAGGAGGGCCCGGGGGAGAUGGGCAGGGCCGUGCUCAUCCCCAAGGAGGAGCAGGAGAAGAUGAAGGAGCUGUUCAAGAUCAACCAGUUCAACCUGCUGGCCAGCGACCGCAUCGCGCUGAACCGCAGCCUGCCCGACGUGCGGCUCGACGGGUGCAAGAGCAAGGUGUACCCGGAGGAGCUGCCCAACACCAGCGUGGUGAUCGUGUUCCACAACGAGGCGUGGAGCACGCUGCUCAGGACCAUCCACAGCGUGCUGGAGCGCUCCCCGCCGCGCCUGCUGGCCGAGAUCCUGCUGGUGGACGAUGCCAGCGAGAGAGAGUUUUUGAAGGCCUCCCUGGAGAACUACGUGAGGAAGCUGGAGGUGCCCGUGCGGAUCCUGCGGAUGGAGCAGAGGUCGGGGCUGAUCCGGGCCCGGCUCCGGGGGGCAGCGGCUGCCAAGGGCCAGGUGCUCACGUUCCUGGAUGCCCAUUGUGAGUGCACCCUGGGCUGGCUGGAGCCCCUGCUGGCCAGGAUCAAGGAGGACAGGAAAACCGUGGUGUGUCCCAUCAUCGACGUGAUCAGCGACGACACCUUCGAGUACAUGGCGGGCUCGGACAUGACCUACGGGGGCUUCAACUGGAAGCUGAAUUUCCGCUGGUACCCCGUGCCCCAGAGGGAGAUGGAGCGCAGGAAGGGCGACAGGACCCUGCCCGUCAGGACCCCAACCAUGGCUGGUGGCCUGUUUUCUAUUGACAGGAGCUACUUUGAAGAGAUAGGAACUUACGAUGCAGGAAUGGAUAUCUGGGGUGGCGAGAAUCUUGAAAUGUCCUUUAGGAUCUGGCAGUGUGGGGGCUCCCUGGAGAUCGUCACCUGCUCCCACGUGGGACACGUCUUCCGCAAGGCCACCCCCUACACCUUCCCGGGGGGCACCGGCCACGUCAUCAACAAGAACAACCGCAGGCUGGCCGAGGUGUGGAUGGACGAGUUCAAGGAUUUCUUCUACAUCAUCUCCCCAGGGGUGGUGAAGGUGGAUUAUGGAGACGUUUCUGUGAGGAAGGCCCUGCGGGAGAGGCUGGGCUGCAAACCCUUCUCCUGGUACCUGGAGAACGUGUACCCCGACUCGCAGAUCCCGCGGCGCUACUACUCCCUGGGAGAGAUCAGGAAUGUUGAAACCAACCAGUGCUUGGACAACAUGGGCCGCAAGGAGAACGAAAAAGUGGGAUUUUUCAACUGCCAUGGCAUGGGAGGGAACCAGGUGUUCUCCUACACGGCGGACAAGGAGAUCCGCACGGACGACCUGUGCCUGGACGUGUCGCGGCUCAACGGCCCCGUCCUCAUGCUCAAGUGCCACCACCUGAGGGGCAACCAGCUCUGGGAGUACGAUGCUGAGAAGCUCACCCUGAGGCACCUGAACAGCAACCAGUGCCUGGCGGAGCCGUCGGACGAGGACCGGCUGGUGCCCACCGUGCGCGACUGCGGCGGCGGCCGCGCCCAGCAGUGGCUGCUGCGCAACAUGACCCUGCCGGCGUGAUCCCGCCGAGCCCCGCUGCUCCCGGGGAGCCCGCGGAGCCCGGCCCGCUCCCGGCCCCGCAGAGCCACCCCCAGCUGGGGCUCCUGCUGCCGCCGGGCCCUUGGGCUCCUCCGGGGAUCCAGGUGAUCCAGGAGCGGCUGGUACUGACAGCAGCGGGCUCCAGGCUCCAGAGGCAGCGGCUGACCCUGGAGAAGGUGGGAUAAGGAGGAGUUGCAUUCACUCCUGAGAUUCCAGAGGCACCUUGGAGAGGUUGGGAUAUGGAGGUGUCACUGUCGCCCCAGAGAUUCCAGAGGCACCAUCUGACCUUGGAGAAGCUGGGAUAGGGAGAUUUCAUUGUCACCCCAGGGAUUCCAGAGGCACCUUGGAGAAGUUGGGAUAUGGAGGUGUCACUGUCGCCCCAGAGAUUCCAGAGGCACAUCUGACCUUGGAGAAGUUGGGAUAUGGAGGUGUUGCUGUCACUCCAGAGGCACCAGUUCACCUUGGAGAAGUUUGGGAUAUGGGGGUGUCACUGUCACUCCUGAGAUUCCAGAGGCACCUUGGAGAGGUUGGGAUAUGGGGGUGUCACUGUCACCCCAGAGAUUCCAGAGACAGCAGCUGACCUUGGAGAAGUGGGGAUAGGGAGGCAUUGCUGUCACUCCAGAGAUUCCAGAGGCACCUUGGAGAAGAAGUUGGGAUAUGGAGGUGUUGCUGUCACUUCAGAGGUAUCAUCAUCUGACCUAGGAGAAGUUGGGAUAUGGAGGCAUUGCUGUCACUCUGGAGAUUCCAGAGGCACAUCUGACCUUGGAGAAGGUGGGAUAGGGAGAUUUCAUUGUCACCCCAGGGAUUCCAGAGACACCUUGGAGAAGUUGGGAUAGGGAGGUGUCACUGUCACCCCAGAGAUUCCAGAGGCACCUUGGAGAAGUUGGGAUAUGGAGGUGUUGCUGUCACUUCAGAGGCAUCAUCGUCUGACCUAGGAGAAGUUGGGAUAUGGAGGCAUUGCUGUCACUCUGGAGAUUCCAGAGACAGCAGCUGACCUUGGAGAAGGUGGGAUAGGGAGGCAUUGCUGUCACUCCAGAGGCACCAGUUCACCUUGGAGAAGUUUGGGAUAGGGAGGUGUCACUGUCACCCCAGAGAUUCCAGAGGCACCUUGGAGAAGUUGGGAUAUGGAGGUGUCACUGUCGCCCCAGAGAUUCCAGAGGCACAUCUGACCUUGGAGAAGUUGGGAUAUGGAGGUGUUGCUGUCACUCCAGAGGCACCAUCUGACCUUGGAGAAAUUGGGAUAGGGAGGUGUCACUGUCACUCCAGAGAUUCCAGAGGCACCUUGGAGAGGUUGGGAUAUGGAGGUGUCACUGUCACUCCUGAGAUUCCAGAGACAGCAGCUGACCUUGGAGAAGGUGGGAUAGGGAGAUUUCAUUGUCACCCCAGGGAUUCCAGAGACACCUUGGAGAAGUUGGGAUAUGGAGGUGUCACUGUCACUCCUGAGAUUCCAGAGACACCUUGGAGAAGGUGGGAUAGGGAGGUGUCACUGUCACCCCAGAGAUUCCAGAGGCACAUCUGACCUUGGAGAAGGUAGGAUAGGGACGCAUUGCUGUCACUCCAGAGGCACCAUCUGACCUUGGAGAAAUUGGGAUUUGGAGGUGUUGCUGUCACUUCAGAGGCAUCAUCUGACCUUGGAGAAGUUGGGAUAGGGAGGUGUCACUGUCACCCCAGAGAUUCCAGAGGCACCUUGGAGAAGUUGGGAUAUGGGGGUGUCACUGUCACCCCAGAGAUUCCAGAGACAGCAGCUGACCUUGGAGAAGGUGGGAUAGGGAGGCAUUGCUGUCACUCCAGAGGCACCAGUUCACCUUGGAGAAGUUUGGGAUAGGGAGGUGUCACUGUCACCCCAGAGAUUCCAGAGGCACAGCUGACCUUGGAGAAGUUGGGAUGUGGAGGUGUCACUGUCACACGUCACCACGGAGCGGUGGCCCAGUCUGAAGGCCCUGUGGCACCAGCUGGCACUGGGAGCCGUCCUGGGAGGUGUGGCCCGAGCUGGGGGGAUGUGCUGGGCUCUCCUGGAGGAGAUCCUGGAGAAUAUCCUGGGGAAUCCUGGGUGUUCUCUGGUGCCCAGUGGGAUUUGGCAGCACCAAAGCUUCUUGGGUUGUGCUGGGAAAAAAAACAGGAUCCAGUGUUGGGAAAACCAGGCCAGGAGUGCACUUCACCAGGAAUUCCAGCAGAUGAGGCCACAGGAGACGCGGGAAUGCCGAGGGGAAGGAGUGGCACUCGUGGGACCUCGGGGUGGCACGGAGGGAGCUGUCCCCUCCUUCCAUGGACACGGAGCUGGAGCUGGGGCUCAGGGGACACCUGGAAGGACCAAAAUUGAGACCUCUGGAGCUUGGAGGGUCUCCAUCCCUCCAUCCCAACGCAUCCAUGAGUCCCUGCAUCCCAGCCCUGGCCCUGGAUCCGCUCCCAGCUCUGCCUGCAGGUGUUCCUGGAAUCACAGGGGCUCCUUUCUGGUUUCAGGAAUUCGGGGGCUCCCUCCUGGUGUGGGUGUGGGUGUUCCCACAGCGCUGCUGGCCCUCAGGAGCUGCUCCUGCUGGCAUGUGGGGACAGGGACAUUCCCGUGGGAGCCACCCCAAAUGCAGCUGUGGCCCUCUGGGCUGGGAUUUUGGGAAUUCUCACUGCCUGAAAUCCCAGGGCAGCGGGAUCCCAGCACGGGUAAGUGGGGAAAUAUUUCCCAGGAUUUCCCUCACAAUUCCCCAAAAAUCUCUGUAAAUGCACUGGGUCAUUAAAAAUGCUGGUAUUUUCUGUA